AUGUCUUCAUCAAACAAACUCAAUGGCACAGAUCGUCUCUCUAAACUUUUUGGAAACAUCGUUGUGGCCAACAACAAUGAUGUUCAGAGUAUGAAUUCAGUUUUCGGUGCCAUUAGGCGAGAUCGAGAAGCAGCAGCAGCAGCAGCCGCUGUCACUCAACCGGCUCCAAAGGCUGCACCCGUAGCUGAAGAAAGUAGAAAAGACCUUGGAAACGCCCAGGAUGUCAAUUUUGCGAUGAGUAGGGUUAAUGGGAAGAUCCUUUCCCAACAAAGACGCCAUGAGAAGCCCAUCACCAGAAGUAUGGACAAUGAUAAAUUCAAGCCUUUCAAUGACGAGGACGCAGGAAAGACUCCCAGUGCUGCUCAUGCUCCAAGGAAAUUACUCCAAGAGAAGGUGAUCACCAGAGAAUUAUUCUCUUCCCAUCUCUUCGAGAUCAAACCCACCAUGGGAGGAAAACAACUCGGCAUGUUCGCUACUGAGCCCAUUCCCAAGAACACCGAGAUCCUGCGCGAAGCACCUCUCAUCCUUGGGGGUGCCACUUGGCCCGGCCGCGAAGCAGCAUAUAACAUGCUUCAACCCUCCAAGAGGGCGAUCGUCGAUUCUCUUUCCAGCAUAUGCUAUUGCGGAAAGAAACCUGAACUCUGUCUCGAGACACCGCUGAUGAAACUUUGGGCUGUCAAUUCCUUCGAGAUGAAUCCUUUUCUCCAAGCUGGCGAUACAGCGAACAACAAUCAUAUUUAUGAUAAAGCGUGUCGAAUCAAUCAUGCUUGUGUACCCAACUGUUCUCGUGCUUUCAAUUCGGAACAUAGUGUUUCGAUCCGGGCUAUGCGGGAUAUAAAGCAGGGACAAGAAAUCACCAUAAACUAUGGGGUUUAUGGUACAGCCACUUUUCGAGCAACUAAUAUUUCUGAAAGAUGGAAAUUCGUCUGUACCUGCAACGCAUGUAUGAAGAAACAAUUUGUCCCAGAGACCGGAUAUGCGGAGUACGCGCACAACAAGAGACUACUCUGUUUCGAGCGCCCACAGCUCAUUCCACUUGGGGCCGAGACACCCGAAGAAGCGGCAUUAUCUGAAGAAAUCAUCGAAUGGGCAGAUAUGAUUGAAGAUGAUAUUCUUAAGGCCGAAGCAUAUUGGUAUGCGCAUACCGAUGAACUGGUCAGCAGAGGAAUUGCUCGACUGCGAUUCACUCCGGAGUGGAAGGAUCUAAAUGAGUCGCCGACUAGAAACUUCUUAGUUAGUGGACACGAGAAGUUUCUGAGGGAGAAUAAUAAGUAUGAUCUGUCUGAUAAAGUCAUUGAGUUGUACAUCUGGCGCGCUACCAAGGCUUUGCGGGCAGAGGUUGAUCGCUGCCAUUCCAUGUUCAUGAGGAAGCAUUCGUGA